AUGUAGCAUUUACACUUCAACAGAGCUGCAUAGAUGAAAAGGGCAGGUACAUCAUCAUAGUAUGCCUCUUUAACAAUGUACAGUAUACUCUGGUGGCCACAUAUUUCCCAAAUGAUAACCAAGCCGCAUUCCGCACCACCCUCCUGAACAAGGUAGACCGAUACAAACUUGGGGGACUUAUCAUAGGCGGCGACAUCAACUUCAUUCAAUCCCCUUCCCUGGAUACAACCGCUUCCCUGACAG